GUUGCAUAGCUUCAUUUGAUUGAUGGGAGCAAAAAAGAAAAUAUUAUUAAAAAAAAGGAUAAUGGUAAAGGGAGGCGAAGAGGAAGAAGACGUAGUUGAACGCAGAAAUCAUCAGCUUCGAAUCAAUUGAAUCUGAAAAGUGAAUCAAAUCAGCGAUGCCGGUAUUCAAGACUCCAUUCAACGGUUACUCCGUCAAGUUCAGCCCCUUCUACGAGGACCGCCUCGCCGUAGCAACCGCGCAGAACUUCGGUAUCCUCGGCAACGGCCGCCUCCACGUCCUCUCCCUCUCCCCAAACCCUUCCCAGCCCUUCACCGAGAUCGCCGCCUACGACACCGCCGACGGAGUCUACGAUGUUGCCUGGUCCGAGUCCCACGACUCCCUCCUCGUUGCCGCCGUCGCCGACGGCUCCGUCAAGCUCUACGACACCGCACUACCGCCUACUUCCAACCCUAUCCGGUCCCCCCGCACCUUCAAGGAACACUCCUAUUGCGUCUACUCCGCCGUAUGGAACCCCCGCCACGCCGACGUCUUCGCGUCCGCCUCCGGCGACUGCACCCUCCGCGUCUGGGAUGUUCGUGAACCUUCGUCCACCAUGGUGUUCCCUCCUCACGAAUUGGAGGUGCUAACUUGCGAUUGGAACAAGUACGACGACUGCAUAAUUGCGACUGCUUCGGUGGAUAAGAGCAUCAAGGUUUGGGAUGUGAGGAGUUUUAGGGUUCCGAUUGCGGUUAUGAAUGGGCACGGGUAUGCGGUGAGGAAGGUGAGGUUUUCACCGCACGUGCGGAAUUUGAUGGUGUCUUGCUCUUAUGAUAUGACGGUUUGUGUUUGGGAUUUCAUGGUGGAGGAUGCGCUUGUGAGUCGGUACGAUCAUCACACGGAGUUCGCGGUUGGUGUUGAUAUGAGUGUUCUUGUUGAAGGCUUGAUGGCCAGCACUGGUUGGGAUGAGCUUGUUUAUGUUUGGCAGCAUGGCACUGAUCCUAGAGCACCUUGACAAGCUUCCUUUUUCUGCUUUUUCUUCAUGUUUUGGGGAUUAAGGUUUUUGUUGUAUGUUUGUUUAUAUUCAUGCAUGAUCAGAUCAGGGGUUCAGCAACUUAAUGAGUGUAUACAUCAAUCGCAUUGGUAAUGAAUGAAAUGGCUAGUCACAAAUAAUUUAUAUGUAUCCAUGUUAAAUUGUUAAUUGAAACUGAAGAUAGUUGCUUUGUUCUUUCUACA